AUGUCUUGGGAUCUUGUUGGUGAAGAGUUCAUUGAGGCAAUUGAAGAAUUCUUUACUUCGAGGUCUCUUCUCAAGCAAACGAACCACAUGGUUAUUGUAUUAGUUCCAAAGACUAAUCAUUCUUCCUCCGUGGGGGAGUAUAGACAUAUUGCUUGUUGCAAUGUGUUUUAUAAAGUGAUCACUAAAAUUCUCUCCUCUCGUUUGAGGCCUAUACUAGGAUCAAUUGUAGAUCAAGCUCAAGCCGUAUUUGUAGAGGGUCGAAGCAUGAGGGUAGCUCCUAGAUGCCUUCUCAAAAUUGACUUGAAAAAAGCCUAUGACUCAGCAUAUUGGAAUUUCCUAAAGAAUGUGCUUGAGGGGUUGCAGUUCCCUACUACAUUCAUUGAUUGGGCAAUGGAAUGCAUUACUAGUCCUAUAUAUUCUAUAGCACUUAAUGGUAGCCUUCAUGGUUUUAUUAAAGGAAGGAAAGGUCUUCGCCAUGGUGACCCUCUUUCUCUGUUCUUGUUUGUGUUGUGUCUUAAAUAUUUUUCUAGAAUGGUGAAGGGAGCAGCCGAAAAUAGUGAGUUCAUUUUCCACCUUAAAUGUGCACCUUUAAGAAUAACUUACUUAGCAUUUGCAAAUGAUUUGAUGCUCUUUACUAUAGGGGAUUUUAUGUCGAUUGAGAUUUAG